UUCCCUCGCACUAACUCUGAGGAUCAUGAUAUACUGGAUAUGGCAGAGAAGAUAAGAGCACAGUAUAAAAAGACGUGUGCACUCUUGAAAAUACCGUCUAAUAAUCCUUAUGAUGCUGGUGUAUCAUUUUAGAAUAAUUUAGAUUCAUCGCCAUGGACCCAACCAUGCUAAAACUCCACAAGCACAUAGAUUCACUACUUUCCUACUUAACCCCCCUACUGCCACUUGCCAACUGCCAUAUGGUUGAGUUCCUGACUCACAACCAUUGGGAGACGCUCCUGCCUAAGGAGUUGAGGGAAUCUCUGGAUGGAAUGAACUUGGAACAGGCUGUUGAGGAGUUCUGGAGUGCUCAUAGUGAUGAGUGUGACAAAUCACCUCUUGGCCUGUGGAUACAUACAGCACGCAAGCAUUGUCUGUCAGUGAACAACGAGUACUGCUUGUCAGUAGAUCAACUAGAAGAACGCAUAAAAGACAGAGGUGGAGUAUUACCGCAGGAGAUACCAGUCAAGGAGUUCAUGAACCCUAAGAAGAGUUAUGAGGUUCGCAUAAUGUCCCGCCUGCUGUCCUCCUUGCACCGCACGGUGUCGGCGUCCUGCUCGCUGGAGGCGGGCGGCGGCCGCGGCCAUCUGCUGGUGACCGCCAGCCAUGGUUACAAGCUACGCUGCCUCACGGUAGACUGCGAUGCAACUAGUCUAGCCAGUGCUGAGGCGAGAGGCAAACUUAUUCAGAAACAAUGGCACGCCAUAUCCAACACCGGUUCCCGCGGGACGGAGCACCUCCACCGUUUCGCCCAACUCUUCGUCACCGAGAAGACUGAUCUGGCAACAGUUGUGAAGGAAAGCUUUCCUGAGAUCUCACACGAAGAUGUCAACGUGGUGCUUACAGGCCUCCACACCUGCGGCGACCUCGGCCCGUCCUCCCUGCGAAUAUUCGUGUCGCAGCCAACCACGAGUGCAGUUUUCAACGUGCCCUGCUGCUACCACCUCCUCAGCGAAGAGAUACAGAAGUCGACAUUAUUCGAUGACUUCCAGGACGCGAGCGGAGCGGGGCUCCCCAUGUCCGAGCAUCUAAGAGGCUUCACGCUAGGCCGUAACGCGCGUAUGUUGGCCGCGCAGUCCCUGGAGCGCGUCGCCGCCGCCCGCGCGCCGCCGCCGCGCAGCCUGCUGCACCGGGCGCUGCUGCAGGCAAUAAUAAAGAAACACAAACCCGACUUCGUAUUAACAGAAGGCAGACUGAAGCGAGUAGGAGCUAAAAGCCGAAACUUCGAAGAGUACUUCAAAAUGGCAGAUUCCAUUUUAAAAUUAAAUCUUUUUCACACUUUACCUCCCGAUUCUUUGACAGUAGCGGAUUGCCAGUGGAAAAAUAUGGUUUUAUUUUAUUUAAUAAGAUUAUGUUUAGCUCAGGUUAUAGAGAGUUUAAUAUUAUUAGAUAGAUUACUGUUUUUGAAGGAGAAUGGUUUUAAUAAUACGUUUUUGGUUAAGUUGUUUGAUCCUGUGUUGUCGCCGCGAUGCCACAGCAUUGUAGCUAUAAGAUGAAAUAUAUAUAUUUUUAUAAGUGAA